CCAUCGCGACAUGCAUCACGGCGACAAUUUGCAUCUGCACCAACGUUUUUAGAUCUGCACUGAUCUGCACUGUCAAGUGUGGGCGAGCACAGCAGCUGUGAGACAUUUUUUUUUUUACUUUAGCAAUAAAUCUGUAUCUGCAACGGUGCUUACAUAAAACGCCAAUGUCGCUCAGAGCAACGAAAUGCAGGUCGAACGCUGUCGUACGUACAUUACGGAAAACUUUCCACGAUGUUCAUGCGGCGCACACCUACACUUCAAUACGAGCCUCAUCGACGGGCCGUCACGAGGAUCCGUUGAAGGGAGUUCGGGUACUCGACCUGACUCGGAUACUGGCGGGCCCUUACUGUUCCAUGAUUCUUGGUGACCUAGGUGCAGAGAUAAUAAAAAUCGAAAGACCGGGUGUCGGAGACGAAACACGGAACUGGGGACCGCCUUUUCUAGGAAAUCAAAGCUGCUAUUUUCUAUCAGUAAACAGAAACAAAAAGAGCGUAGCCGUUGACUUGAAAAGCGCUGAAGGCGUUAGUCUGAUAAAGAAGAUCGCUGGGACAUCUGAUGUGCUACUGGAAAACUAUCUUCCCGGAAAGCUAGACUACCUUGGUCUUGGAUACGAAGAUAUCAGGGCUGUUGCACCUCAAAUUGUAUAUUGUUCCAUAACAGGUUAUGGACAGAAGGGACCAUACAGGGAGCGUGCAGGCUAUGAUGUCAUUGCUGCCUCUAUGGGAGGUCUUCUACACAUCACAGGACCCCAUGGAGGUGAACCAUGCAAAGUUGGUGUUGCUAUCACAGACUUGGCAACUGGCUUGUAUGCCCACGGCGCUGUCAUGGCUGCACUUCUGCAGCGAAAUCGCACAGGCAAGGGACAAUGGAUCAACUGCAAUUUGUUCUCAACCCAAGUAUCUGUGCUGGCCAACAUAGCUUCCAACUACCUCAAUGCUAACCUUGAGGCCAGCCGCCAUGGGACAAGCCACGAAAGCAUUGUGCCAUAUGCUGCAUUUGAAACGCUGGACGGCUACAUCACAGUGGGAGCUGCAAGUGAAGGCCAGUUCAAGGUCUUCUGCAGGGUCCUUGAUGUUAAUGAGCUCUUGUCUGAUCCUCGUUUCAAAGACAAUCCAAGCCGUGUCCAAAACAGGGAUGCCCUAGUUGAAAUUUUGAAUAAAAGGUUUAAGCUCAAGACAACAAAGGAGUGGCUGCAGCUUUUUGAAGGCUCUGGCAUACCGUAUGGGCCCAUCAACACCAUUCAGCAAGUGUUUCAAGAUCCUCAGGGCAAGGAAAUGGUGGUAAAGCUUCCGCACAAGACUGCUGGCACAGUGUCCUUAGUUGGUGAGCUCCUCUUCCUUGAUCCUGUCCAAUGAAACAAAGCCCGUAAAAGGCUGCACAAAGGCCCUGCAGUGGAGUUCAGUGAUGGCAUGAACCAAGUUCGAUCACCCCCACCUCUACUUGGAGAGCACACAGAUGAAGUGCUGUCAGAGUACCUUACUGCAGAUGAGAUCGCCCGACUUCGAGCAAAGAAGGUCAUUGCGUGACAAGGACUUGAAAAUGAAAAUUGUGCAGUUUUGCACAAAUAUACUUUUUCUUAUAAGUA